AUGUCGGCGGAUCAGGAGCGGACCAUUGUCACCCACUAUAACCUUACAAAUCCGUUUCCGACAGAGUGGCCCGCUGAGCUGGACGAGAGUGACGAGGACGAGGUGCCCGACGCCGUUGGUAUCAGGCGAUCCCGUUCCCGCUACUCCGCUUUAGAGAGGAGUGCGAGUGAGAGGAAAAGCCUUGUCCCUGGCUCUGAGCGGACUGGCGACGGUCGUGCAAACCUGGUGCAGAAGGACGAACCUGAUCCUCUGGGUGUCCACCCGAGUGUGGUCAAUGUACUCCGAAAUAGUGGUGUACCUGUCGAACAUGACUCUCGGGCUCGAAACAAGUUCAUGCUCUCGUCGACCACAUUUUCUCCUGGAGUCUUCCUUUCGCAUGUUCAUGCCAAUGCCACGACAGACGACUUAUUACGGGGUCUCCAGUAUCUGUCGAGAUCCAUUGAUCAGAAGUCCGCUUCUCUCAAAGUGCUUGUGGAAACAAACUUUGAACGCUUCGUUCGUGCAAAAGCCACCAUCGAUAAUGUCUACACAGAGAUGCGAAACCAGGGCAUGGAUUCCAAGGCUGGCUCACCGCCCUCUCCACGACAUUCGCGGCGCAGCAGUGCUGUCCACUUUCGAAACGUCAGCAACGGUGCAGCACCAGCGGUCCAGACACCAAGCAAGAACGCCCUUCGCAAGGAGACCGACUACGGUGUGCAGGGCAUCAAGGGUCCUCUUCUCGAAGUCUCACAAAAAGCGGAGGAAGUGUGGGGCCCGGCGCUAGGAGGCAAGGAACGUGAAGCCAACUUGAAGGCGAUAGUGGAAGCCAUUGCCCAAGAUCGAGGCCUUUACGAACUAGGGUCCAAUCUCAGCCACGCCAUCACUCAGAAAGACUACGGCACCGCCAUUGGCCUCUACCAUGCGGCGCUGAGAUAUGUGGCCGAGGCACGGUCACUUAGCGAUAUGGCAGUGCAGCAGGGUCGGACUCUCUCCAACGAAGAAGUCCAAAAAGUCAUCGCCAUAGGAAGGAUGUGGGACGAUGCUCAUGAACAGAUCAAGAGCCUGAAGAGAGAUAUUUGGCGGAGACUGGCUAACAUCCCUGCAACUUCGCCACUUCCUGGAGCUGCCCAGUCUGAUGACUACAUGGAGCUUAUCAAUGUGUUAUUGCAACUCGGUGUUGAAGAAAGUCCCAUCUGGGUGUAUCUACUGAGUCGAUACGAUGCGCUGAAAAACAAGAUUGCGGCGGUUGUCGAAAGAUCCAAGAUCGAGAUAGAAAUUUUGAGGCGCCGUCUUGCUUCAGCCGACUCUCCGUCUUCGGCCACUGUUGCUGCGUUCCUCCGGCAAGCCUCAAGAGAUCGCCCAGAAGCACUUGACAGCGAUGAUGUUGUUGACUUUUGGAAUUGUAUCUUGACAUACAUCACGAAGCUGCUCUCGCUUUCGAGUGGCUUACUUGGCGAGAUUGUCGACUUUUGGGAGACGGCUCAAAGCUUCAUUGACGGCACGAGACAGAAAGCGCUGUCAGUCGGAUUUGAAGGAGAGAGCAGCAAACAUCACCAGUUAUCCGAAUCUGAUGUCAGUGGGUUACGCAGUGGAGCGAUCGAAUUGGUCAGUCAGAUAAGGGACGCUGUGCUCUCGUUAUUUGCAGAUGCGCCGACCGAGGACAUUUCGUCGUUGUUUUCUCCAGCGCCAGGCUCUGCCGAGACCCCCACAACACCACUUACCGGGGCUGCGUUUUCACCUACAGACGGCCGCAUUGGUGUACUCGAUCCUCAAAAUCUACCUACGUUUGCGGCCAAAAGAGGGGAACCUUGGGAAGAUUUUGCCUUCUGGCCUCCCCAUUCCAAUGCUUUAAGUGCUGUCCAUUACUUGGAGAAGAUUCUCAUGCUCGUCGGAACCGCUGCCGGCGAAAUGGUAGCUUUGGGCCCUGUGAGCAGCAACAACACGAUGCAUGAAAAAAUCAAAACAAUGGUCGGCGGAGCGCGCGAACGGUCAAUGCGGGCGAUCUGUGAAGCAUGGAGCAAGGAUGCUGAAAGUUGCAAGUCGUUGGAGGACUGGGUGAGAGCGCCAGAAAAGCGAGAUCAGACACGGAUGCCGCUGUAUUUCGAGGCGUAUGAGCGGCAGAUCCUGCUUGGGAUGCAACAGGUCUUGUACUUCUCAGAUACAACGGCGAAGCCAGGGACCCGAGAAAUCAUCACGCCGCCACCAUCGAAACUGCUCCAGAUGGUACGUACUCAGUUUGUGAGUAGUAUAUACAAGGCGGUCAGUGGCAUGCUUGAAAAUGCAGAAGCUUCUACACAAGGUAACGAGGACGACUGGGUACUUGUCACCAGUCUCAGUUCCAUUGUCGACGGUGCGUCUCCGACCGAGUUCAUCACGCAAGAUGCAAUCAAUGCUUCGAGCCGCAACGUCCGGAUGCUGUUGACCAUGUCAAAUCUCAAAGCCUUGCGGAAUGACUACGUGCCAUCACUCAUUCAAGUUUUUGAAUCAUCCUUUUCUGUGAAACUGGCCGAUGAGUCCAAGACUAUUCGGGACGUCUUCGGACAGAUUGAUGCGAAGCUCUUCCAUUCGUACACUCGGCCCACUGUUGCGCAGUUGACGAAAAUCAUCCGAGACGGCAUCAACUCACCGACAUGGGCACCGACCACUUCAAGGCCCGAUCAAGUGAGACCAUAUGUCUACGCGACGCUCAUGACACUGGUCAUGGUGCACACGGAAGUCUCAACCACGGUCUCAAAUGCCGAAUCGAGUAGUCCUCUUCUGAGCGAGAUUCUGUCUUACUUACUUGAAAACGUGUCCCAGGCUCUGUUGGAUGGGUUCAAAGAACGGAAGCCCAACACUUACUCCCUACCUGCGUUGAUGCAAGCCACUCUGGACACGGAGUUUAUCGCCCAGACAAUGAACCAGUACGCCACCUCCAAGGCUGGGGAGAUCCAGGGUCAAAUCUAUACCGAGCUGGACAAGCGUACGACCAACGAAGCCAGGGCACGCUUGCAACAAGAAUUGGGAGAUAUGCGUGUAGUGUUGAAAAAGCUGCGCGAAGGUAGUCGGAACACAUUUAGUUGUUUCAAGCGAGCACGGCCGGCAGAAAAGGAUCGCACUCGGCCGGAGCGAAAGAUGACCGGAACAUAG